AUGAAAUUUGCCAUCGCUACAGCUCUCCUUGUCAGCUCUGCUCAUGCUCUGACCUGCACUACAGGCACAAAUCAGGCCACUUUUAACCAGUGCGCCUACAACUCUUUAACUGAUCCCAAUGGCAUGCCUGGCCCUACUGAUCAAUUCUCUGCCUGCAAAUCUUUACAGACCGACAACUAUGCCUACUACAACUGUUUGUGCAGACUCUCUAACCUGCUUGUCAACUGUUACUCGAUGUUUUGUACUGGCGACACUGGCAUCUAUACACAGCAACAGUUUUCUACUCAGUUCUGUGGAGCUGCUCAGCAUGUCAGCUCACCUUCAAACGCCCCUACUGCUUCUCUAUCUUCUCUCCCUCCACUGCCUACCUUUUCAUCCAACUCUGCUCAAAGUCAUACCGCUGCUUCAUCUGUCGCCGCCUCUGCCGUUCCUACUGCGGCUGCCAAGGCUGCGGGUGAAUCUAAUGGUGCCAACAUGCUGAUGAAUGCAGUUAUGCUUGGUGUUGCUGGUGCAGUUGCUGCUGGUUUCUAA